AUGACUGAAAGCACCAGUGGGGGGCUCCAGGCGUCGGCCACGACCGCGCUGAGAGAAAGCCGUUCCAGCAGUAACAGCCUCACGCUACUCAAGCUGAAAGCACCAACCAGCAACUCCGACGCCACCAGCUCCACCGGCAGCGCCCCAAUGGGGCCCGAGGCGCAAAGAGAACAAGAUGGGAGCGAGCGGGCCAUGCACAAAGGAGGGAAGGUGACAGAAAAGGAGGAAGGAGAUGCCCAAAUUGAGAUGAAGACGGGGGAGGAAGGGAAGCACUCGGAAAGGCCAGAGAAAGAACUUCAGCAGAACCCGCAUCCCUUCUCCAUAAUGUGGCUUCUCACCUUCUCCUUCCUGCUGACGCCUGCAGGACAACCCCACCCUUCCCUUGUUAAGCCCCCUGUCUACCACAUCCGCAUUCCCCCAACCUUGCCAGGGCCCUUGGCCCAGUUCUUGACCCUGGCAGGCAGAAUGUGCGACAAGGGAAAAGACUGUGUUGUGAGGGAUCCUUCUCUGCUUCCUCUCCCAGCGGCCCAGCACCACUCCGCCAAGAGGCUGAAAGGUGAGGCGUGUGAGCCCCACUCCCAGCCGAGGCGAGCGGCCCUCUUGGAGCGUGGACGCUUUAACUGCGGUCUUUCCCUCACUCUGCACGCCGGAUGCUGUCUGCUGCCCACCGCCACACCGGGUAUGAAGGCAGGGCUCAGGGUCCUGAGGGAAUCGCCCGCGCACGCGCACAGCUUCAUGAGCGUGCGCCUAGGCGAGCACAAUCUGCGCAAGCGCGAUGGCCCGGAAGGGCUGUGGACUGUAGCUCGCCUCGUCCCACACCCGUGCCACGAAGCGCGCAGCCGUCGCCACGACGUCAUGUUGCCACGUCUAACCCGGCCCACGUGCCUCUCCCCGCAAGUGCGUCCCGUCGCGCUGCCCACGCAUUGUCCCCAACCAGGCAAGGCCUGCGUGGUGUCCGGCUGGGGCCUGGUGGCUGAUGACAAGCCUGGGGCCAAAGGGAGCGCAAGGUCACAAGUGAGUCUCCCAGAUCCGCUGCAUUGUGCCAACAUCAGUGUUAUCCCGGCCACAUCUUGUAGCAAGGACUACCCAGGGCGCCUUAUGAGCACUACGGUGUGUGCAGGAGUAGAAGGCGGAGGCACGGACUCCUGUGGGGGUGACUCCGGGGGACCCCACACAGGGUGGCUGGUCUGUGGGGGAGUCCUGCAGGGAAUCGUGUCCUGGGGUAACGUCCCCUGUGACACUACGAACAAGCCUGGUGUUUAUACCAAAGUCUGCAGCUACUUGGGGUGGAUCAGGGACACCAUGAAGAGGAACUGACUGUUUUGGUCUACCACCUGUGUCUCUGGCUGAGCAGAAACUCCUGUAGCUGGCCACCCACCCCACCCUGACCUGGGACAGAACUGAGCCAUCCCUUAACACCCCAUCUGUCCAAGACGCACAUGUUGGCCAAGGAUUUGUCCCAUGUCAAGCCAGAGCUGGUGCUCAAGGUCACCUGUUUAAACACUGAGAUAACAGUGCUGAUGCAAGUUUCUCUGUAGGAGUUGCUGUGACUUUCUUCUGGAGAUGAAGGGAAGUGGGAGCCAGAGACUGGGUGGGGAACCCAAGGCCACUGUACGUUGCUCCAUUUCACUCGCUGCCCCGAU